AUGUCGAGGGGUAAUGGAUUGAUUCUUCAAAUAUCUAAUGCUCUUUUCAGAUCUUCAUUAAAUAAAAAAUCGCCUCCUGUAUUCAAGGUUCCAAUACAAAAUCUGACGAUUAAUAGAAAUGAAAAAUGGGUCAUUUGGGGUCCAGGCAAAUCAAAAUUAAUUGAUAUUUUAAGCAACAAAUUUUUGUGUGAUCCACCUUUGGGAUUCCGUUGGAUUAUUUCAAAAGAGCCUAAAAUCGAACAAGUUCAAUUUAAAGGUGUUAUUCCCACAGCACAUUUAGGCGCACGCUAUGAAUACUUCAAAGAUGAAUUUGACCAGACUUGUAAGCAGUUCAUUUUAGAUAACUCUAUUGGAUCUAACAAUGUAAGUUAUUCUGUGGAAACAACUAAUCGUCAUGUUGACAUGUCCUUAUAUGAGAAGUUGGUAGAUGAAUUAAAGUUAACCGAGUUACAAAACAGAUGGGCUAUGGGUUUAUCUAAUGGACAGAUGAGGCGUGCUAGAUUAGCGAAAGCAUUUUUGAAGAAGCCAGAUCUGGUAAUUAUAGACGAUCCCUUCUUAGGAUUAGAUUCAACUGCUAGUUCCAUUAUAUCUAAAUUUUUGGCUAAAUGUGGAGAAGAUCUUAAUAUCCCUGUGAUUAUUGGACUCAGAUACCAGGAUUCAAUUCCAAGUUGGUGUGAUCAUAUAGUGACAGUGGAUGAAACAUAUGGUGUUUUAUUUCAAGGUGCAAUAUCACAAGUUCGGGAUAAAAUUGAAUCCUUACAAACUGAAACUAAAAAACAGAUUGAAAUUAGUCAAAGGAAAUUACUUGAGACAAAUAAAUAUUCCAUUAAUGACUUAAUAUCAGCACACCCAUUUUACGGCAAGGAUAAACAUGAACUUUUUAAAGUGCCAGCUAGUAUUGAAUUUAAAGGUGUCAAUGUUUCAUACAAGGGAGAACCUGUAUUAAAAGACUUGAAAUGGGUAGUAAAGAAGGGAGCCAAAUGGCAUAUUAGAGGAGAUAAUGGAACAGGUAAGACAACCUUACUAUCUAUGGUAGUAGCAGAACACCCUCAAUCAUGGAAUUCCAAGGUUAUUGAAAAUGGCCAGCAGAGAAGAACAGGUAAAUCAAAUUAUUUCGACAUUAAUAAAAGAAUUGGUAUGUCAUCACCUGAAUUACAUGUGAUUUUUGCAAAGAAAAUCAAUGAUGGUGUAACUGUUAGAGAAUGUAUAUCAUCUGGGUUCCAUGAAGGUUCUGCAAACAAUUUUAUUCCGAUGUGGAAGAAAUUGGACAAAGAAAAACAAGAGAUUAUUAAUAUGUACAUAGAUUACUUUGGAAUUCAACAUAUUACAGAUCAAAAAGUAUUUGAACAAUUAACUGUUAGUGAACAAAAACUAGUGUUAUUUAUUAGAGCUUUGGUAAAGAUGCCUGAGGUGUUAAUCCUGGAUGAGGCGUUCUCUGGUAUGGAAGUAGAACCAGUAUUGCGUUGUCAUGAAUUUUUAGAAUCUUGGCCAGGUACUGUUCUUGUUAUUGCACAUGUAGCUAGUGAAACACCUAAAUGUGACCAUUUUAUUAAAUUAAUGGAACCGGGCAAAUAUAUAAUUGGGGAUGUAGAGAAGUAA